CCAGCGAGUCAGCCAGCGAGUCAGUCAGCGAGUGAGUGAGUGAGUGAGUGAGUGAGUGGCCAGAUCAACAUCGUGGCCAAAGCACGACACGAACUCAAGGACAGCCACGAAAUCCAUCGGAUCCGUUUCUCGGCUUGGUUUGGUUGAGUAGUAAAACCCGUCCACGGUCCACGUCGUCCAAGACUUUUGUCGGCCAGUUCGAUUUCGAUCAAGUCCGACCUCGAAACCAUGGGCAAAAAACCCAAGAAGCCGGUCUCAGUAUCUUCCGAGGAGGAACUGAGCGGCAUGAGUUCGUCGGAAGAAGAGCAGGUCGUGACCAAGAAAAAGGCUCCGGCUCCCCAGAAGAAAUCCAAUCCUAAGAUGGACGACACGGAGUCCGAUUCCGAAGGCGAAGCCAAGAAAGUCGAGGUCAAGAAGUCAGCCUUUGCCUUACUCAUGGACGAUGACGACGACAACGACAGUGAGAGUGAGGCCAGUGCGAGUGAUAGCGACGAUCCCCCCGAACCCAUUGAAAAGAAGAAACCAGCCCCCGUCAAGUCGGCUAAAGCGGAACCCGCCGCUCCGGCCAAAGGUGGCAAAAAAGGCAAAAAGAAGAGGGCCAAAAACGACGACGACGAAGAGGACCUGGAUCAGUUGCUCGAAGAACUGAAGCUCGAAUAUCAAGGUCAAAAGCCCGCUGAUGGUGGUAAAGAAGAGGCCAGUGAUGCUCAACCCUCGGCCACUCAAGCCAAGAGUAAGAAGGCUGCCAAGAAGUCAGCUCAGGCCAAUGCGGAGGACGACGACGAUGAUGAAGAUGAUGACGACGACGAAGGGGACGAAGGCGGAACGGUAAAAACCGCGGCCCAAAAGCGGAAAGAAAAGAAAGAGCGGCAAAAGCAAAAGCUGGCGGCUCAAAAGGCUAAUCAAGCCAAGCAAAAGGCCAAGACCCAAAAGCCUCAAGGCGAAACCGAGGUUAAGAAAGUGGAAAAGAUCGACGAUGUCAAGAAACCAGUUGUGGAAGUUAAGAAGUCCAACGAUUCCUCAAAGGUAGCUGAAGAUCUCCCAGACGGUGAUGCCAAGGCCGCCGAGCUUCCAGAAAAUGAGCCCGAAGAUGAGGGUGGUAAGAAAAAGAAAAAGAAGGGCGAGAAAGAGGACCCCAAGAAGAAGGGCAAGAAGCCUGGCAAAGGUACACUGGCGGCCAUGCAAGAGGCCUUGAAAAAGGUCCAGGAAGAAGAAGAACGAUUGCGGCGGGAAGAAGAAGAAAAAAUCCGCCUCGAAGAAGAGGCUGAACGGGAAAGAUUGGAGAAGAAGAAGCUGGAACAAGAGAAGAAAGAGGCCAAGAAGUUACGAGAACGAGAGAAACGCGAGCAACUUCGGAAAGAGGGAAAACUUUUGACGGCCAAGCAAAAAGCCGAAAAGGCCAGAGCGGAAGCUAUGCUGGAAGCCAUGAGAGAGCAUGGCUUCGAAGUGCCCAAGAUUGGGGAGAAAAAGGCCGCUAGACCUGGAACCCGAAUCCGAGUUAAGAAGGAAAAAACACCAGCCCACGAUGCCAGCAAAGAGACCACGCCAGAUUCCGAGACCAAACCCGAUAUGCCUGCAACAGACCCAUUGGAACCGGAAAAGAAAGAAGAUCCCGUUGAGGAGGUGGCCGAUUCGUGGGAGGAGACGGCCGAAGCGCUCGAUAAUUGGGAAGAAGCUCUCAUCGAAGACGACAAAGAAGAAGAAGGACCGAAAAAGGCCACUAAAGAGACUUCACCCGCUUCUACCUCUAAAAAGGGCGACGGUUCUGAGGAUGAUGCCGAAGACGACGAUGAUGAAAACGAUAACGAGGACGACGAUGAGGAGAGUGAGGAUGAAGAAGAGGAUCAGAACGAAGCCGAAAAACGACGAGAGCGAGCCAUGAUUCGGAUCAAGAAGCGACAAGAAGACAACGAGGAGAAUCGCACCGUCGAUGAGCUCCGUGCCCCAGUGGUUUGUGUUCUGGGUCACGUGGACACGGGCAAGACGAAAAUCUUGGACAAGCUCAGGAGAACUCACGUUCAAGAUGGCGAAGCGGGAGGAAUCACCCAACAGAUCGGUGCCACCAACGUUCCCAUUGAAGUCAUUAAGGAGCAAUGCAAAAUGGUCAAAAAUUUCAACAGUAAUUUGAAACUACCCGGCCUAUUAAUCAUUGACACACCUGGGCACGAGUCUUUCUCCAAUCUCCGAGAUCGAGGCUCGUCCCUUUGUGAUAUUGCCAUCUUAGUUGUGGAUAUCAUGCACAAUUUGGAACCGCAGACCAUCGAAUCCAUAAAUCUUCUCAAGAAGAAAAAGACACCUUUCGUGAUCGCCUUGAAUAAAAUCGACCGACUCUACGAAUGGAAACCCAACCGACACAAGGAUGUCCAAGAAGUGAUCGAAAGCCAACAACAGAACACCAAGCUCGAGUUUCAGAAAAGAUCCCAAGAAGUCAUAAUCGCCAUUGCAGAGCAAGGAUUGAACGCUGCCUUGUAUU